CAUUAUUAGAGACUAGAGAAUACCGUGAAAGCAUAAAGCACUUCGCAGUUUAGAGCGAGCCUGCAAACUCGGAUCAGCGGAGCAAGAAAGAAAAGGAAAGGGGAGGCGACGGCAGCCAUGAAUGUGGAAGAAGAGGUCGAGCGACUGAAAGAAGAGAUCCAGAGGCUCGGUAGCUCCCAGCCUGAUGGCUCUUUCAAGGUGACAUUUGGUGUGCUGUUCAGCGAUGACAGGUGCGCCAAUAUCUUUGAAGCAUUGGUGGGAACACUAAGAGCGGCCAAGAAGCGCAAAGUAGUUACGUAUGAAGGGGAGCUGCUUCUGCAAGGCGUUCAUGAUAAUGUAUACAUCACUCUCCUCCAGCCCAAGUCAUUACCUUCUGGGGAAGCUGCGGCCACAACUCCGCCGGCAGAUGCCAGUUAAACACAAAGAUAGAAGUCCGUCAACUUGUGCCUAGCUGCUCAGUUGCGCUUCAUUUAGCGAUAUGUCUCUUUGCUUUUGGGUUGUUGUUGCUUGGCAUCUGAUAUGAACAGAUUACCAACAAGAAAUGCUGUAUAUUUCUGU